UCGUCGUGUGUGCGCCGGCUGCUGCCGACGAGGACGAGACGAGGAAGGUGCUGAGUGAUUAUCUAAGCGCGCGCGGGCGGGUGACAUGCCAUUUGGGGGCCAUUCGGACGUUGCGCAUACCCAGAGUGAAAUGGCCACGAUCGGGGCACGCGUUAGAGAUCGAUUCGGUGGGGGGUCGCCGACUUAAGGGUGUGCAUGUGUGAGAAACGGCGCGCGCGUGUGAGUGUGAGAGGUUAGUGUGAAAAUGUUUUAGUUCUAGAGCGGAACAGCGACACAGUGUCCUCAGCGGGGGGGGCCAGUGAAUUAGAACAGAGAGAGAGCAGCAAUCGAAUUUUAGGAUCAGUAAGAAAGGAUCAGGUUCACGAGAGUCCGAGACGGUCAACAAUCAUCCCCGUGGGCCCAACGUAACCAACAGUCCCCGUCCGUAGCAUCCAGACCGGCAACAGAUCGAACGAAACGAGUCCCGGGUGUGUGGCUGCGUCGCUGCGUGCGUCUAUAGCAGUCCGAACAGCACCAGAAGUGGCCAUCCCGUCGCUUCGUUUGCCCGUCGUCGUCCUAGCCGAAGGAUAGCGUGUCUGGGACGUCGCACCGCCAGGAGCUUCAGCGUGCCCCUAGGAAACUCUCGAUGGCGAAGGGUGCCAAGAAGAAAACCAAAUGGGUCUCGUUGUCGCUGGACGGUGCCAACACAACCACCUCCUCGGGGGCUCCCGGGUCCGACAGCGAGCAGCACCACCAGCAUCCCUACCACCACGGUCCGCGUAACAAAUCCUAUCACCAUGGGCCACUGAGCACACUGAAGCACGGCAGCAGCAAAGAGUCACCGAUCAGCGGCGCUGGUGACGGAGCAGUGAGCGUGCCGGCAAGCACCGCCACAGCCACCGAACAGGAACAGAGUGGCCACCGGACCGAUACCAGCGGUGACUCGGCUAACGGGUCCGGCUCGGAACGACGCCAGUCGGCGCCCUACCAUAAGCGAAGGCCCCAAUCUUCGUACUACUCGGACCGGCGCAGCCACGCAGGCUGGAACUACAGUAGCAGCAGCAACGGUGGCCGAAGCCACUACGGUUACUACGGAGCGGCGAACCGGAGAUCGUACUACGACAGCCAUGGCCGAAGAGCAGCACCGCAGCACGCCGGCCGGCCCGACGACGACGGCACGGCCAGCAAAACGACCACCGCCAACGAAGGUGGAGGAACCAAUACGAUAAACGAUGAUGAGUACACGAGAAUCACCACUCCGCGACAGGAUGUUCUGUUCAAGAAGGGGUACCUUUCGCGACCGAAACCGACGACGGGAACGGCGACGGCCGGGACGACCGCCAGCACGUCGAACGAGAACACGGCGUCCAGUUCGAUCGCCGGCACGACCGGCAGCAGCAGCAGCGAGGGCAGCGACGGUGGAAACGGUGGUGGCAGCAACAGCAUUUCCACGACCGAGUCCAUCACGUCCGACUACGGUGGGUCGUUUGCGGCCGACUCCUACGGUGGCCCGAUCCCGUGCCUACCGUACGGGUACUUCACCGAAAACGGUGUGCUUGUGAUGAAUGGUUUUGCGGUCGACAACAAUGGAUACUCAUACUUCAACGGAGGUCAGACGUACAUCUAUCCCCCGAACUUCGGCAACUGCCCGCAGCAGCAGUCUGCGGUAGAAGGUGCGGAAGUGCCAGGUGUGAUCUACACCGACGAUGGAACGAUCGUGGCGGCGGAACCGAUCGAUGGAUUGGCGACGGCCGCAUGCUUAGACGGCUCAGAAGUCCCAGGUCCAGCAGUAGCAAGGGAUGAAACCGCGGCUACCGCAACGGACCCAGCGGAGGCUUCCGAGUCGGAGGCGGCCGUUCCGGAUGGGUUCAUGGUGCCGGUGAUGUGUACCGAUCCAGCCACUCCUGCUGACGGCACACUAACGGGGACGGCGGGCGAAGCCUUGGAAGUAGAGGAAGGAUGCUAUCAGUUCGGAGAUGCGGCCUACGAUAUGGGACAGUUCUGCAGCUCGCUCUACUACCAGCCACCGUGGUUCAUGAGCCUGUACGACGACGGAAUGCAAACGGCAGCCCCGGAGUAUCUGAUGCCCAACGGAGAGGUUUACACGCAUCAAACGGGCUUCAGGAAGCGCAAGAAACGGUUCCGUAACAUCGAUGAGCUGGACGAAAGCGGCACUUGCAUCGGUACCGGUGAUGUGCCGGCAUCGCUAGUGUACGGCAACGCUACGUUCGAAUGUAACUUAGUUCCUACCCUGAGCGCCACCGUUUCCGGUCAGCAGCCGUAUCAGCUGAACGCCGACGUACGAGAGUUUCUUCCGACCGUUCCAAUGCCGGCUCCCGAUCCGAUGAUCGGCGCCGCAAACGAACAGAUUUCAUCGGUCGAGGCGACACAAAGCCUACCGCGAUCGGGUCGAAAGGAUAAUGCUCAAAAGUCAUCCAAAAAUGCUUCCACCGCGGCCAAGCAAUGCAAGACGGGCGCGAAGAGUCAGCUGACACCCGCGGUUGUGAGUGACACCAGUUCGGCCACCGUCAUCGUAUCCGCUCGUGCGGAAAACCGAGCGUUGGCCGCCGCACAAAAGAACCGCCGGAAGGAUCUGAUCGAAUCGACCCGUGCGUUUGCCGAACAGAACAUCGAUCUCACGCGCCCGAAAAUCGCGACCGGCGGCGGCGGCGGCGGCGGAGUGGGGACGAAUGAUAGCGAAAUGUUCUGGACCACGGUCCGGAAGGGUGGUAAAAAGCGAGUGGAACAGAGCUCACCGGAACCCACCGUAACGGAUGUGAGUCAUCGCAGAAGUCCUGCGCAUGAGGAGAGCGUCACGAAGCAAUCGGCGCCGGUGGACAGGGCCGCCACGGUUGCGUUGGUGAGUAAUUCGGUUCCGGUUGACACGGUUCUUAGCCCUCCGGUCGCGGCAUCGCCACCGGUGACUACGGAGGCGGUAAACAGACCGGUAAAGAGUAAGAAAAAGACACAAAAGCACAAAAGACAGCACCGGAAGCCGGGUGGCACCGGUGGCGGCUUCCAUCGGCAGCCGCUCGAAGGUUUCCAGUUGAUCGAACCGGAAUUUCCUUCCGCGACUUCGACGGUGCAGCGUGCGCGAGGUUGUAACGAGAGUGCGCCAAACGAUCAACGUGAUGAGGCCGAAGAUGAUGACCAAUGCCUCGGUUGCGACGAUGGCCACGAUGAUGAUCUGACGACGGUUGUCGAGAACGAUGAUCCUGGCGAAACGCCGGAGGAUACUGAAGUAAGCACCAAUUGGCCGGCGGAAGUGGUGACCGGCGAUGAACUGAUAUGUGAUAUGACCGUGGAGGAUGUUCCCCCCGAACCGGAAGCUGAGCCACUAGCGAUCGUGGGUGAGGCUCAUCACGAAACGGUGCUACUGCCGUUGCCGGUGUCGUCGGCUCCGGUGGCCGAGCAAGCGAACGCCCUUCAUGAGACUGAGACUGAGCAGGAACGUUCGACGGAACUCCUGGACAAUAUUGCAAUACCAGUGGCGAACGACCGGGAAGAUGAUGUCCGGUCAGUUGUUGCGGCGAGCAUCGUUGACCACUGUCCAGAAUCAACGGCCAAGGCCAUAAUAGGGGUGAUGGAUGGGCAACAGGAAGAGGUUGCGGGACUACAGGAAAACACGCCAAUCGCCGACGGACAGGUCGCAAAACCUUUGCUAACCAUUGCUGCCAAACAACGGUCACCGGCCACGAGCGACAAGGAGGACGACGAAGAGGACGAUCGAGUCGAGCGUCGGGAUCUGGCCGCGGGAGGCCCGCACGGAAAGCGGGACAGUGUGUCCGGUGGUGGGUACACGGAAAGCAUCGAUUCGGGUCUCCAGAGUCCGGCCCCGUGCGGAUUGGCUUCGCCGGAAGCAUCGUCCAUGGUGAGCUCGCUCGAAAGCGAACCACCAGGCACGGGCCACCAGACACUGACAGCGGAGCCGCAGCAACCGUUGAGCCAGCUGGUCGGCCGGUGGCUCUCCCGCAAGCUGGAGGUACACGAUCCGGACGAGGUGUUUGUGUUGCCGCACAGUAAUCCGCUGCUCAUGGAGCGCCUGCAACGGUUCCAGCAGCUCCAGCGGGGCCGUGACCGUCUCGCUUCCGAUGCGUACGAAUCGGAGGGCGUGGACGAUGAAGCGGAUGACGACGACGAUCGGUCGCCGGAUACCGAUAGCGACUACAUGAGCGACGGUCAGGGACGGCUUGAUGCUGGGGAUGGAGGCACCGGCACGAACAAUCCGAACUCUCCGACCAAUCUGCCCGCACCGGUCUUCGCUGGCACCGAGCACGACGACCACGGUGGUGGCCACAAACUCAAUCUCCACCUGAGCUCCUCCACCGCUUCCGGUGUACUUAAUGGGAGCGCUGUUCCGUUCGAACCCGAAUGCCGAAAGGCGACCGCAUCGAAGCGCUGCCUUAUCAUGUAGGCUCGCGGUACUGAGAAAUGCUUAAAUCCACACCAUUGCCUUUUUCCGCACACAUACACACACACAUACGUAUACACGAAAUUCCCGUCGCAUCAUAACGGCACACGUUCCGUGAACCGUAGCACCGUAGCGCGUGUUGGUGCAGCUUUUUGCUCUGCUUCACCGACCCACAAAAAGCCGAAACGGAUCUACGAAAGGACCCAGGACCUGCGGUCCGUUAGUUCAUCAUCAUCGUUAAUGUUAGUAGAACGCGGGGUACGUGCGGACGGCGGACGGCCCUUCACCGUCGUCUGCGUCGAUAUCCGCGAACCUCCGAGCCGCACCACCGCACCGGUGUUGGCCGUUGGACAUGGAACAAUGGCCCGCCGCCCAGGAACGGACAGCCCCUCCCUUCCGUAAAGUAGCAGUAAGGGCCCUUCGCCUUUCGCUCCGUCGUGCCCCGGGAAGCACGCACCGCGCGGUCGUUUGUAAAUGUUUCUUUUAUAAAGCGAUCGGACGAAACUAAAAAAAAAAAUGUUUGAUAUAACCCUUUAGUGCGUUACGUGGCCAAGCACCGGCCACGCGUUGAAGCCCGUGUUCCCGUUUGUCGGUUUUGUUUCCCGUUUUUUUUUUGUUUUACUAUACUCGCAUUAGUGGAAAGUUUUAAAAUAAGAACCUGUCGACGACGACGACGACGCCGCCGUCGCCGGAAGUGCACCCCACAGCCUGUUGAAUCGAUGCAUAUUAAAGAAUAGAAUGAUAAUUUAAUUAUUGAACUCGCAAAGUGAAGAAAAAAAGUGCAGAGCGUGCAGAGCAAGACAGACAGAGAGAGAGGGAGAGAGAGACCUGGGAUUGAAAUUGACUACUAGAGCGUACAAUAAUAAAAUUAAUAAAAGAGGAAGCGGAACUGUUUGAGACACAGUCCGAACAGCGAGCGAAGAUGAGACAAAAAGGAUGAAAUAAAUAAAUGAAAAAAUCCCCACCAACAGCAGCUCAAACUGUUGGGGCUCAA